AUGGCUCGCCCCAAAGACCCUGUUGGCCACUGGAAGGACCUAGAAGCAUGGCUAAGUGUUGCAAUAGACAGCCUCCUCCCUAAGGCCGCAGAAACGCUACAGCAUCUGACACAGGACCCGCUGGAUGAGAACCUAAACACAGGUACUUUUAGUCACCUUCUCAUCGCCACCCUCAAGCUGAGUGACAGGCAUUCCGCCCAGCUCCAGCACAAGCUGACACACGUGCAAUCCCGCAUCAACCAGCUAGAACUGAAGGCUCAGGAACGACCGGAACAGCCAGAUGAGACUGAUCAAGCUGCCAAAGAGGAGAUCAAUAAACUUCAAGAGACUCUAGCCGCCACCACCCAAGAAAUGGAACAAGCCAAAGCCGACCAUGCUGACGUCGCUAACAAGCUUGAGUAUGUCGAACAGCUACUGGAAGAGGUAAAUGCUGACUCUAAAGACAAGGACAGCAGAACCAAAGCCCUCGAAACUCACCUGAGUGAAGCUAGACAUGAGAUCAGACGACUAACGCAGCAGCUGGACUACAUCAAAGAAGAGUCCAACAGCAUUAAAGAUGAACACAAGCAUGCAUGAGAACUACACAGUGAGAAAGCUGAUGGAUUACUUCCAAAACCCUGACCAGCUCCCUCUGUUCCAGCCAUGUUCCAGUUCCAGUUUGAUGACAUCGAGUCUGAACAACGACUUGUAGCUGCCCUGGAGACGAAACAAGGUCGCCAUGAGUCUUCUCAAGCCUACUAUAGCAGACUCCGACGAACCUACUUCGGCACCCGUAAUGAACCUGAGAUGGAAGAGGACCUGAACUUCAAAAUUCUCUUCCUGAGAAACCUUCAUCCUGGGGUAAGCCACCAUCUUGGGGUUCUUGCAUGCCCCCACACGAUGAACACUCAGCAAUUACGGGAUUUGGCACAUAAAGCGUACGUCAAUCAAAGAACGACUUCAGAAAAGACUGCCAAAAUCCCUGCUGUUUAUGACUUCAACACCCAAAGUCAAGAUCUGGCCCUUAAGGGUGCCCAAGGCCCAGACAAUGCUAAUCUACCUCCCAGUGAGUGGAAUGGGUCGUCUUACAACAGACAACGAGACUGUCAUGCUGAUACCAGACCUAAACAGAGGAACAGCCACUGGGAUGGACUACAUGGACGACAACACUCACCUGAACAUCACCGGGAGAGACCGUGGAACAGGUCCACCUCAUUUGCAAACCAAAGGGGGACAAGUUUGUGGGAAUACAUUGGUACCUCCAAGGUAAAGCAACACCACCUUGACGCAACCAGCCCAAGAGGUCAACGAAAGAACUCACAAAGAUUCCACGCUGAACGAGCUCCAACUGAACCCCCAGAAGGGAAAACGUCACCAUGUUUUGACCCUCAAGAACUGAUGAAAAUGAUCCUGAAAGAGUUCUUCCAACGAAGGAAAGAGGAUCGGAAGUGGGAAAGGAAAGGAAAACAUGAUUCUGCCUGA